UUUUUCCUCCCUCUGCAAGGAAGAGAAGCAGCUCAGCCCUGACUUGCCAAAUAUGGGACGUUCCUCCUUGGUUUUGGCUGCGCUCCUUCCUCCGGCUUCUGGAUCCAGGACUGCUCCUUCUUCUCUUGCGCCGCCCAGAAUGCCAGUGGGUGUCUCCACAGGGCCGGGCUCCUAGGAUCCCGGCUCUUUUCUCCUCUGGGCCAGGUCCCGAAGGGAUCUCGGGCUCGGCGGCCCCUGGAUCGGAGUGGAUCCCAACAGAUUCUAGGUUAUGUUAUUUCUUUAUGUGUUGCUGCUUCAGCUCCUGCAAACAUUGCUUGCAUUUCCUCACAAUUCAAGACAGCCCAGGGAACAUGUGAUGCAAGAUGAAGUGUUCAUCUCAGCAGAAAAAGCUAACUUGUUCAUUGGACGGCACCUUCUAAACAACAGAUUUGAUUUUGAACUGUUCACCCCAGGAAAUCUUGAAAGGGAAUGCUAUGAAGAGCAAUGUAAUAUUGAGGAAGCAAGAGAAUUUUUUGAUGAUCCCGAAAAAACGAAACAUUUUUGGAAUGUAUAUACAUCAACGGGCUUUGGGUCAAAAAGAGAUGGGUCAGCAGUAGAGAAGAUGGAUGUGAUAGCACUUUUGACAGGUUUAAUUGCAAUUGGAGUGCUGCUGGUUAUAACUGGCUUACUUAUUUAUUAUCUCUGCCAAAGAAGGUGCAAGCCAAGAUUGACAGGGUACCCAAGCUGCAGGAGGCACCACCACUCCUCCAUCAUCUUUCAAAGACGUGAAGAAGUCCCCUUAUCCUCUCUCCCCCCACAUUCAGAGCACAUAGGACUGCCCUCUUAUGAGCAAGCGGUGGCACUAAGAGGCAAUCAUGACGUCCCACCUCCACCAUAUCCAGGCCCUUCGGGAGGUUUUAAAUUCUUCAAAAAAUCCAUCUCACAUCCUGGUCCUUAAUUAAAAAGCAUGGCUUGUGAA